UACAAAAAUGACGGAGGCAGAGUAUAUAAUCGCACCACGAAUCCCUCAAGGCUUAGCUCCUGCGGUUGAAGGACUUGCACGAGAAAUAUUACGACAUAAGCCCCGAGAUAUUUACACAUUCGCGGCUCGACAUUUUGCAGAAUUAGUUGAAUUAAGGGACAAAGAAUGCACAGCCGGAAUCGCACCAAAGAUACUGAAUUGCAAAUCAUUUAACGAACGUGAUUAUGUCGUUAAUUGGAUUGAAUUUAAUGUCAAUAAUGUUGCUGUUAGUAAAAAUGGUGAUCUUUGUACUCGUAGAGAUAGCUACGGUAACUUGACCGAUGAAUUGAUGGUACUGAAGGAACCAGUGUCAUCGACAAUUAUGCAAAAAGCAACGUUAUCGAAGAAAAAAAAGGAGACAACAAAUAAAAGUGGUUGGUCUAUAAAUCGAACUGUCAAGGUACUUAAAAAGCAUAAAUACGCGAGCAGCGUUGAAAAAGGUGAGAAACUUUCGAAUAUCGAAAUAAAUGGGAAAGAAAUUCAGGAAAUAAUCUCUGGUUAUCCCGAAUAUCGUUCGCCGCGAUUUUUAAGGAGUCUUACUUGUGGUCAGUUUCUCCGAUCUUCGUCCGUCGGAAGUAUAUUUGCGAAAAAUAUAAAAAGUCGAGAAGAUAGAGAAAGUCGCAAAACAAUGUAUAGCUUUGCUUUGGAUAAAUAUGCAAUAGGUAACCUAAAACAGAAAUGUGAUAAAGGUUAUAAUAUAAACGCGAAUAAUUUGAUGAGACAAAAAAGCGCUGAUCAAAUUAAAAACAUUUCUACAUGUGUUAAAGAUACGAACGUAGAUGUAGGAAUCAUUGGUCGAAGAAGAAGUCGAUCGCUUGUAAAUAACGGGAAUGAAACUAAAUCCAAUCCAGAAGAAAGAACGGCACGACAGUAUACGACAGAUGGUGAAAUUCCUCGAGACUUAAGAGAUCACUGGAAAACUACCCUUGAAGAUCAGCACAAACAGCAGGAAAAAUUGCAGGAAAAAUUGCAAAAAAAAUUUUCAGUUACAAAAGAGAAUAGCGAGAAAUUAAGUUUGCGAUUGGGGAAGAUGAAUGAAGAAUAUUCGAAAGGGAACGAAGUAGAAGAAAUUUUACAGCAAAGCGAUACCCCUGAUGAUGCCGUAAAUAAAGGGGCUAUUGAUAUUGAUGGAACCAUUUCAGUCAUUCUUCCAUCAGUUGUUACACGACAACCCUCUGGGAAAUGUAUAAAGAAUAACGUGUAUGGAUCUAAUAUAGAAAGCAAUGCAGGUAAUUUGAUAUUACCACCAAUCUCGAGUGACGGGUUAAAGACGAUUAAGAAAGAGAGUAAUUUAACAUUACCGUCUUUAUCGAACGAUAUGGAUGCUUGGUUAGUAAACGAACAAACAAUGUAUCAUCAUGAUAAUGAGGAUUCGAGUUCGAAUCAUUAUUACAAUGAUCAAGCGGACAAAGAGUUUGAAUUAACAAGAAAUAUUGAAACUACGAACUGCGACUACGGUAUGAAAGUAAUUCAUACAGAAUGCAAAGGCGAGGAUUUAAAAGGCAGUAAACCCGAAGAGAAUGCAAUCCUUAUUUGUACAGGAAACAUAAUUGUACAAGACGGUACAAGACAUAUUGAUAAGACAGAAGCGUCGAAAGAAAUUGGGCAAUAUUCAAAGUCACAAGAAGCGGAUACGGAGGAAAUGUUCUUCAGAGACAGUUUAAACGUUACGCCCGAUUCAAUUGAUCUUUCUCAGAGACCAGAUUCGUUGGAACAUGUGGAAAACGAGAAGGCGGCAGGACAAGAACAGUGUCGACCGAAUGAACUCGAAAGGAAGUUAAUUGAAAUUGAAACGGUUGAAAAAAGUAUUGAAAAUACGCUAGCUUCAUCUCGGACAAUUCCGCCUUGCGUUAAUGGAUCCGAAGGAUCGUGUUUGAUUAGAUCUUCGUCGAAUCAGGAAAACCGAGAAUCGGAUAAACUAGAUUGCGUACAUAGAAACGAUAUAAUUCUUGUCGGCGAAACAAACCGGCAGAUAUGCCCAAGAGACGAUGGUUGGGUAAAGAAAGACGAUAAAGAUAUCGAGGAUAAUAGAGUAAUUGAUUCGGCGGAGAGUGAGAUAGGGAAUAGAAGAAGCUUUUCCGAUAAUUCGGAAAUUUUCAUCAGUACUGGCAUUAAUAGUACAUUAAACGUCACGAACAUUGAAGAAACACAUAACGAGUUUAAGAGAGGCGACGCGCAUUCUUGUUAUGUUCUUACCGAAGGUUCUCCUUGUGAAAUACCGGAAGCGGUAACCACUGUAAUCAUACCGGAUAAAAUUUUUCAAAUAGACGAUGACGUUUGUAAAGUAGAAGAAAUUCUGAUGAACAAUGCAAUCCUUCGCUUGAAAGAACCGAUUUUAUCGGGAUAUCUUGAAACGCAAAAAGAACUUGGAAAAGGGUAUUGGCACGAGGCGAACCCGUUUGGAGAAUACAUUCGUCAAAAUGUCAUUGAUUAUUCGACAAGCAUUGAUGCUCAUUUUUUAUGUGACAUAAGAAACACUGCUGAACGAAUGACUGCUUGUCAAGACCUUGGAAAUAUUAAGGAGGAGGAAGAAAAUGAAAGCGAUAAAUUGUCAAGCAAUGUUACGCAGCAUAACAUCAGGCAAGUAAUUGGUUAUUCGGUAAACAUGCCUGAAUCGAUGAAAUAUGAGAAAAGUAUCGAGUACGAAGCAAAUUUGGCAGGUUUUAGUAAUCGGAAACAGAAUAAUAUCGAUCUUAAUGAUUCCCUGACGGAAGAACAUAUCAAGGGAAAAGAAGAUUGGAGUGAAGAUCUUGCAGUAAGUACUACAAAAUCUUCGAGGGAAAGGAAAGAACAGGGAAGAGAAAUGUUCAAUGAUCAUUCGGGAAAUUUUUCAUUGUCAUUCGAAGAGGCUGGACCACAAGUACCUGAAUUAAAUUUGGAUUCUUUGCCAGAUACAACAGUAUCUUCGAUUGAAAAAAGCGAUUCGGAUAGAAAAGAUCAUGGUAUUCAACCGGAAAAAGAAAAUAAUAAUACUUCUUUUCUCGAAAGUGAAAAUACUUCCUUAUCCUCCUCGGAUUACUUGCCCGUCGAGGAAAAGCUAAUCGACGAAACUUUUUCUUCGAAAAACGAAUUGCUUCGAGAAGAAUUUUUUAUCGAAUCCAAAGAUCAAGUAACAAAAAUUAGAAACGAAAGUGAUAAGUACAUUGCAACAUCGAAAUUAGAAAAUGAUGAUUCUAUUAAGACGUUUUCUUAUGAUAAGAAGAAGGAAGAAGAUUCUCAUUGUAUGGAGGAGGAAAUUGCCAAAGAAUUAAUAGAAAAUUUGAUUCUCGAUGUAUCAGCAGUUGAAGGAAAUACUUGUAAAUAUCAGAGGAAUAAUAUGAUAAACCAAACGGAUGAUGUUGCAAUUAAAUUUCGUUCAUCGGUGCAACUAUCAACGCCUGAAACACCAAUCGAAGAGUAUGUUGGUGAAGAACAGAUUGACAAUGUUCAAGUGGACGAUGAAGAAGAAGAUGAAAAAGAAGGAAACAGAGGUAGAGGAGAUGGAGAAGAAAAUGAAGGAGGAAGUGAACCAGAAGCAGAAGGAGGUGAAAGAAAAGAUGAAAUAGAAAUAGAACUUUUAGAAAAUCGACAAGAGGAGGAAGACGUAGAAAGUGUCAGUUCACGGCAUACCGGAGAAUUUCAUGAUUCUUUGCCACUACCAUUUAUUGGAAUACCAAGAAGUGUUUCCAGCAUGAACAUUUACGAUUUAAAAGCUGUACAUAAAACAACAGAUGGUCGCGUUGCUCUACCAGAUAACAUACUCAGAAAUCGAAGAUAUACAAGGGUGCCGAGCACGAUAUUUUCCGAUUACAAAUCUUCUCGGACAACUGUUCCUCGUGGCAUUGGUUUUUUGAAAAAUUUUAAUUUACUUGUUAACAAAUCGGACUGGACUGAACUGCCUUUAAAUACUUCUCCUUGUAUCAUUCACAUCGAGCAAAUGUUUAAAGAGGUACAUACAACUAAUAAAGCUGUUAUUCCACAUGCUAAAACAAAUUCGGAUUUCGAUACUGAUGAUCUUCGUGAACCAUUAGCACUUGAUAAUUCACAAGAGCCUAUCAUUAUAGAAGAAAUAUCGAAUCUUGACAAUGGGAACGAACAGAUGUUGCCGUUUUAUAAAGCAGAUGCAAAUUUUACAAAAGAAAGAAGUUCGUUUUCUUCUGAUGAUCACUAUGACUUUGAUUGUGCUAAAGAUAAAAGGAAAAAUAAACUCGAUGCGUCAUCAUCAGAGGCGAAUGAAGCAGACCGAUUUGUCGAAAAUGACAAUUCGUAUAUAGAUAGAUGCGUUGAUUCUGCUAAUCCUUCGGAUAACCCUUUGAAAAUUGUAAAAGAUAAGGUAUGCGACAAAGGGAAAAAUGAAAAGUAAAAAAUCACAGGGUAGUAGGAUUUCCGAUUAUGUAACAAUUAUAUUCGUUCUUAAAAUAAUUAUAUCUGUACAAAUAUAAUGUUUAAUUUGAAAAAA